AUGGCACCUAUGUGCAAGGAAACAGUAUCCCUGUGUCAGGUCAGCACCAUCCAAGAAGUGCGCGACAAUUUAGAGCGUUUCUGGGAGAUAGAGGAAUGUUUCACAGCACCAAAAUAUACACGAGAGGAAUCUGAAUGCGAAGCAUUAUUCGUUAAAACCGCGGAACGCGAUGAGCAAGGUCGAUUCACAGUACAAUUACCGUUUCGAACAAAUGUAAAUGAACUCGGGGAUUCUUUAAAUAUGACAAUUAAACGAUUUUACGCAUUAGAACGGCGGUUAGCUAAAGAUCCGGAUCUUAAAAAACAAUAUUUAAAUUUUAUGAACGAAUAUCAACAACUCGGUCACAUGACAGAAAUUACCCCUGAGGAGAAGGAUCUUAACUCGGUCUAUUAUUUGCCUCACCAUAGUGUGGUGAAGGAAUCGAGCACAACUACAAGAGUACGCGUGGUAUUCGAUGCAUCAGCAAGGACAUCUUCUAAUUUAUCAUUGAAUGACGUAUUGAUGACUGGCCCGAUUAUACAAGAUAGUUUGUUCGCAAUAUUAGUUCGUUUUAGAGUGCACAAAUAUGUGUUUACAGCUGAUGUAAGAAAGAUGUACAGACAGGUCAAUGUUUAUGAACCGCAUCGUAACUAUCAGAGAAUUAUAUGGCGCCCAAAUGAAAGGGAACCUGUACGGCAUUUUAAAUUAAAUACGCUAACAUACGGUACAGCGUCGGCUUCAUUUGAGGCUAUACGAGCUCUUCAUCAAACAGCAAUAGACAAACGGGACGCGUACCCUGAGGCAUGUAACAUUAUUCUAAUGGACUUUUACGUAGAUGAUCUAAUCUCAGGAUCCGAUACAAUCAAGAGCGCGAAAGAUCUGGUUCAUAAUAUAAACACAGUACUAAGCAGCGGAUGUUUUCAACUACAUAAAUGGAAUAGCAACAAUGAAAAAAUAAUUGAGUCAUUACAAGCGGAACCGAGUGCUGAUCAGAUACAACUGCCUCAGGAAGUCAAUUCGAAGACACUUGGUCUGUCAUGGAAUACUAGUAACGAUACAUUACAUUAUCAGGCAAGCAACAUAAGUAAUAAAUCGACUAAGGUUACUAAGAGAAAAAUAUUAUCAUUUAUAGCGCAGUUGUUUGAUCCGUUAGGAUUAAUUAGUCCGACGAUCGUCAUAGGGAAAAUUAUCAUGCAAAAAAUUUGGAAGGCAGGAAUCGGUUGGGACGAGUCGUUGCUCCUUGAGAUAUUCACGAUAUGGAAUCAAUUUUUCGAGGGUAUGAAAAACAUGAACGAAAUUUCGAUACCCAGAUGCGCAUGGGGUCAACGGUAUCAUAGUGUACAAUUACACGGAUUUAGCGACGCCUCGGAAGUAGCCUACGGCGCAUGCAUAUAUGUUAGAUCAGAAGACGAAGCUGGUAAUAUCACGUCUAAAAUCUUAUGCGCUAAAUCACGCGUGGCCCCGUUAAAAACGGUAAGUUUACCGCGGCUCGAGUUGUGUGGUGCGUUACUUUUAGCGCGAUUGCAUCAACAAGUAGUAGAGGCUUUAAGUCGUCUUGAUAGUCAACAUUGUGAUAGCUUCUAUUGGUGCGAUUCCACCAUUGUUUUAUCAUGGGUUACCACUGAACCCAGCCGGUUAAAAACAUUCGUAGCAAAUCGAACUGCUGAAAUACAGCGACUUACUGACGUCAAUCGUUGGUCUCAUGUGGUGAGUGACGAAAAUCCCGCGGAUAUCAUAACAAGGGGGAUGAGUCUAGGCAAGCUAGCGACAACUCGGUUGUGGUGGCACGGGCCACCGUGGUUGAAACUCAAAUCUGAGGCCUGGCCUAUCGUAAAUACUGUUCCUCAAACUACAGUCCUUCCCGAGUUAAAGGAUAAUGAGGUGGUAUGCACUACGGUUAAAUUCAGUUGUGAUUUAUUUCAUCGGUUCUCAUCAUACACAAAAUUACUUCGCGUUACAGCCUAUUGCUUGCGAUUUAUUAAAAACGUAAGGGGGAGGCAAAAAUGUACCGGACUGUUAUCGGUCAAUGAAUUGAACGAAUCAUUAUUCACGCUGGUUAGAAUGAUGCAAUCCAUGCAUUUUGCGCCUGAAAUCAAUGACUUAGAACGCAAAGAAACAAUACGUGCAAAUAGCAGAAUACUGUCACUAAAUCCAUUCUUAGAUGAGCAUCGUAUAUUAAGAGUAGGGGGUCGUUUAAGAUAUUCCGAGCUACCAUAUGAGCGGAGGCAUCCGAUGUUGCUACCGAGCAAUCAUUCGUUCACGCGCAUGAUUAUAAUUCACGAACAUGAAAAACAAAUGCACGCAGGAUUGGCUAGUACAUUAGCGGCAAUAGAAUGCGUUUUUGGCCUCUAA